AUGAAAGGGACCAUACCCACUGGUGGCCUGCUGCUGCUACUGUUGCUGCUCAGCCCAGACCCCAGAGCAACACUGCUCAUGCCACCCAGCACGGCCUGCUGCACUCAGCUCUAUCGAGGGCCCCUCCCAAACGAGCUGCUGAAGAAGGUCCUCCACAUAGCACUGCAGGAAGCUGACAGGGACUGUUACCUCCAGGCCUUUGUGCUGCACUUGGCUCACCGAAGCAUCUGUGUCCACCCUCAGAACCGCAGCCUAGCACGGUGGUUGGAGCACCAAGGGAGGAAGCGCUAG